CGUGUCACAGUCUUCUUCCAAUUUGGCCAUCUUUUGCUGGCUGCUUAAUUCAAUAAAAAGCUACUGCCCUUUUUCCUCUGUAACGCCUUCUGCUGCUUCUAUCUCUCCCUUUCUGUUUUAACUUCCUUUUUCCUCCUCACCGCCAUUAGCAACUAGCUAUUUCAUCAGCCCAACUUGUCUGUUUCUCUCAUUUUCCGGUAAAAAGAGAGAAAGACCCAGAAAGGCAACUGCAGAGUAUCAGGCACACAGAACAUGCUUCCUAGAGUGACCGGUGUUGUUUGGAUGGAAGAUAGAGAAGAAGGACACUCUUCUUCAUGGAGGAGAAACAACGAAGUCACUAACACAAACUGUGGUAUGGCAGAAAGCAAAGACGAGAUUACUUCUGUGGUUACAUUCAAAUCCAUGUUUGAUGUAGGAGAUGACUGGUAUGCUGCCAACAAUUCUAUGCACAACCACCGGGAUAUGAGAGACGUCGAUUUCUCAUCAAAUCUGGGUGACCCAGAUAAUCUAUUGCUACAACCAGUGGAUUCUUCCGCUUCCUGCUCACCAUCUUCCUCCAUGUUCAACAACCUUGACCCAUUUCAGCUACACUACUUCUUGUCUCCUAAACCCACCUUGCCUUCAUUCCUUAAUGUUGCUCCUAACAACCCUCUAGAGAAUGGGAUCGAUCUAGCUGAAAUUGCCUUCCUUGAGAGCCAAGCAACAAAUGCUUCUUCUACUCUGUUCAACAGGGGAAGUGGGGCUUUGUCUAACUUCACUGAUUUAAUCUCCAGCAGUCAGAUUACUGCUCCCAAUAUGUGCUCUGAACCUCAAUUCUCAACCACCCGUAUGCUUCAAUUGCCUGAAGCCAGCGCUGGUUUCACGGGUUUUCGGGGUUUCGAUGAGAAUUCUGGGAAUACUCUGUUUACGAAUAGGUCUAAACUGUUAAGGCCGCUUGAAGAGUUCCCUUCAACAGGAGCACAACCUACUAUUUUUCAAAAAAGAGCUGCCUUGAGGAAAAGUUUAUCGGAUAGCGGGUAUAAUUUUGGAAUUUUGGGUGCGGGGAGUGAUCAGCUUUUGAAUGGAAAAGACAGAGAUGAAGGGAAGACGGAAAUGGGGGAGAAAACGAUGAACAUGGGGAAUGGUUAUGUUCUGGACGAUGCCAGCGUUGAUGGGUCUGGUUUAAAUUACGAUUCUGAUGAGCUUGUAGAUCACAGUAAGGUGGAGGAAACCGGUAAAAAUGGUGGGAACAGCUCGAAUGCAAAUAGUACAGUUACUGGCGGAGAUCAAAAGGGGAAGAGGAAGGGUAUGCCUGCUAAGAAUUUGAUGGCAGAGAGGCGCCGUAGGAAGAAGCUGAAUGAUAGGCUGUACAUGCUGCGCUCUGUUGUUCCAAAGAUUAGCAAAAUGGAUAGGGCUUCAAUUCUCGGAGAUGCAAUUGAAUACUUGAAGGAGCUUCAACAAAAAAUCAGAGACAUCAAUAAGGAAUUGGAGUCGACCCUUCCUGGCUCUUCGUUGGCACCCACACCUACCUCUAGUUUCCAUCCUCUGACACCCACUGCUACUGCCUUGACUAGCCGCAUCAAGGAUGAAAUUUGCCCUAGCUCACUGCCAAGCCCAAAUGGCCAGCCUGCAAAGGUUGAAGUAAGGAUUAGAGAAGGAAGAGCUGUGAACAUCCACAUGUUUUGUGGCCGCAGACCUGGCCUUCUACUCUCCACCAUGAGAGCUUUGGACAACCUCGGCCUAGAUAUCCAGCAAGCCGUCAUCAGCUGUUUCAAUGGUUUUGCGAUGGAUAUCUUUCGAGCAGAGCAAUGCAAAGACCAAGAUGUUCAUCCGGAGCAAAUCAAAGCAGUACUCUUGGAUGCAGCAGGAUUCCAUGUGUGAUGUGAGUUCCACCAAGACUGAGGAUUGGAAUGCAAAAAGCAGAUUUAUUUUUUCUUCAGAUGCAAAAGCUGAGGAAUUGUAUUCUCUUUCGCAUGCCUCCAAUCAGAUUAGGUAGCAGUUCUUUGAUGUUCCUAAUUUAGCUUUCGUUAGUGAUAAAAUCACCAUCGACUUAAACUUUUUGAAGAACUGAUUAUCUGUAAGUUUUCAUAUUUUCAUCUUCUCUCAACAUUUCCAAUAGAAUAUCUCAUUUAGAUUACUGAGCAUUUUUUAGGAGUGGGGUAAGGCACUUCUUUUGAGAAUUAUUUGAAGGUUUUCUGGCUUGUAUUUCUUGAACUAUGGUAGAGGCAGAUGCUAGAAUUAACUUGACUCGCCUGUUAUACAGAGAGAUUAUUUUUCAUA